AUGGAUAAGAAAGAACGUAUUCAACAUCAGAAGAAACAGUUUGCCGAUACCGCAAAACGCCUGAAUGAAUCCAAGGAUGCAGACAGAUUGAAGCGAUACCGAUACUUGUUGGGACAAACUGAACUUUUUGCCCAUUUUUUUAAUCUGAAGGUUGAGCAAGAUGAAGAGCUGCGUAGGGUUAUGGAGGAGACAAACAAUUCGUCGAAGCCUCAGGAUGAAGAAGGCAGUUCCCGACGUCGAAGAAAGACGGAAAAGGAGGAAGAUGAAGAAAUUCUGAAGGAUGAAGGCGACGAAAGCGAUGAACUCCCUACUGUCUUUACCGAAUCACCAGCUUAUGUUGUUGGCGGAAAGCUAAGAGACUAUCAGGUUCAAGGUUUGAACUGGAUGAUUUCACUUUUCGAAAAUGGUAUCAACGGAAUUCUUGCCGAUGAAAUGGGUCUCGGUAAAACUUUGCAGACCAUUUCCUUCCUUGGUUACCUCAAGCACUUCCGCGAUAUUCCUGGACCUCAUUUGGUUGUGGUUCCAAAGUCAACUUUGCACAACUGGGAAAAGGAAUUUGGAAAAUGGGUUCCCGACUUCAAGGCCUUUGUACUUCAUGGAAGCAAGGAGAAAAGAAAUGAACUGAUCAAAGAUCGUCUACUUCCUUUGAACUUUGAAGUAUGCAUUACUUCCUACGAAAUGUGUUUGAUGGAAAAGUCGCAUUUCCGCAAAAUCUCAUGGCAGUAUAUCAUCAUUGACGAAGCUCACCGUAUCAAGAACGAGAACUCUAUGCUAUCACAAAUUGUCAGAGCAUUCAACUCCAAAAAUCGAUUGCUCAUUACUGGUACACCAUUGCAAAACAACCUCCACGAACUUUGGGCUUUGUUAAACUUUUUGUUGCCGGAUGUAUUCAGCUCGUCAGAAGAUUUUGAUGAAUGGUUUGAGAAACAAGGAGGUGAUCAAAAGAAAGUUGUAGAGCAGCUUCACAAGGUGCUACGACCUUUCUUACUUCGAAGAAUCAAGGCUGACGUCGAAAAGUCGCUUUUGCCUAAGAAGGAAAUCAACGUCUAUGUUGGAAUGAGCGCCAUGCAACGAAAAUGGUAUCAAAAGCUACUUGAGAAGGAUAUCGAUGCCGUGAACGGGCUUAAUAAACGUGAAGGCAAAACGCGUCUUUUGAAUAUCGUUAUGCAGCUGCGAAAAUGCUGUAACCAUCCAUACUUGUUCGAUGGCGCUGAACCCGGACCCCCUUUUACGACCGACCAGCACAUUGUUGACAAUUCUGGUAAAAUGGUUGUUUUGGACAAGCUUCUUACUCGCAUGAAAGCCCAGGGAUCUCGCGUGUUGCUCUUCAGUCAAAUGAGUCGUGUGUUGGACAUUCUUGAAGAUUAUUGUUGGUGGCGCGGAUAUGAAUACUGCCGUAUUGAUGGUCAAACUUCGCAAGAAGACCGUAUCGAUGCCAUUGACGAAUACAAUAAGCCUGACAGCAGCAAGUUCAUCUUUUUGCUCACCACUCGUGCUGGUGGUUUGGGUAUCAACUUGACAUCUGCUGAUAUUGUGGUCUUGUUCGAUAGCGACUGGAAUCCCCAAGUGGAUUUGCAAGCCCAAGAUCGUGCUCAUCGUAUCGGUCAGACAAAGCAAGUUUAUGUCUUCAGAUUUGUGACUGAGAAUGCUAUUGAAGAGAAGGUUUUGGAACGAGCUGCGCAAAAAUUGCGUUUGGACCAAUUGGUUAUUCAGCAAGGACGCAUGACUCAGCAGCAAAAGGGUGCAUCUAAAGAAGAGCUAUUGACCAUGAUCCAACACGGAGCUGAGAGCAUUUUCAAGGACACUGACGCAAGCACUGUUUUGGAUGAUGACAUUGAAGAAAUUUUGAGACUUGGCGAAGAAAAGACUGCCGAGCUCAACAAGAAAUACGAGAAUGUCACAAUUGAUGAUCUUAAGAAUUUCACUUCCGACAGCGCUUACCAGUGGAACGGUGAGGACUGGAGCAGCAAGCGAAAAGCUGGUUCUGGGUUCGCUUGGCUUGGUCCCGCUAAACGUGAAAGAAAAGCCAACUAUGCUGUGGAUGAUUAUUAUAAGGAAGCUUUGCGGACGUCAUCAAAGACGGCAUCCACUAAGGCACCACGACCAAAGCGAUACAAUGUCGAAGAUUUCCAAUUUUUCCCACCGCGUCUUCAAGAGCUUAACGAAAAGGAUACUUUAUAUUUGAGGAAAACACUUGGCUACAAAGUGCCUCCCGUGACAGCUGAUAAGGAUGACAAAGACCCAGCUGAACUGGAAAAGGCUAGGGAAGAAGAGCAAAAGAAAAUUGACGAAGCGGAACCGCUCACGGAAGAAGAGGAAGAAGAGAGAAGAGAAUUGUAUACAAAGGGAUACUCUCAUUGGAGCAAGAAGGAUUUCAGUAACUUUAUCAAUGCAUGCGCCAAAUUCGGAAGACACGAUAUCACUGAUAUCGCUACUGAAAUAGAUGGAAAAACCGCAGAUGAAGUGAAAAAGUACUCUAAAACGUUCUGGUCUCGAUACAAAGAGAUUACGGAUUAUGAGCGUUAUAUCACCAAAAUCGAGAAGGGUGAAAGCGAGAUUGAGAAACAGGCCGAAAUCCAAGAGCAGUUGACCGCCAAAAUUGGUCGUCAUCGUCUUCCUCUCCAACAGAUGAAGAUUCACUACACACAGCCAACCAAAGGAAAGAACUAUACGGAAGAAGAGGAUCGAUUCUUGAUUGUCAUGCUUGAAAAGUAUGGCUACGGCACUGAAAAUGUUUAUGACAAGAUUCGACAAGAAAUCAAAGGAUCUCCACUCUUCCGCUUUGAUUGGUUCUUGAAAUCCCGAACUUCUCAAGAGAUUUCUAGGCGUUGCAACACCUUGAUCAGUUUAAUUCAGAAAGAAAAUGCAGAACUGGAAGAAGAGACCAAGGAGGAUAAGAAGGUAACAUAUUUAACGUACGGUGGGUGA